CUGUCCUGGCCAAUUUGGCUGGCUGUGACCCCCGAGUCCCCCCCCGGCCUGUGUACAGAGUGUCCUGGGAAUGGCUCCAUCCCUUCUCCCGCAGUAUAAAUAGGGCCUUGCAGCCUGCCAGGGAGAGCGGCCGUCGGGAGCAGCGCGGAAGGGCACCAGCAAGCGAGCACCUGAUUGGAGAUGGCACCCGCCACCCUAGGCCUGAAGGCCACCGUCCUGUGUCUCCUCACCUGGGUCAGCCUGGUGGCCGGGGACCGGAUUUACGUGCAUCCCUUCCACUUCCUCUUCUACAGCAAGAGCAGCUGUGAGCAGCUGGAGAAGUCCAACGCCGAGACGGCCACAGAACCCACCUUCGCGCCCACCCCCAUCCAGGCCAAGGCCUCCCCCGUGGACGAGGAGGGCCUGCGUGACCAGCUGGCGCUGGCCGCCGGGAAGCUGGAGGCCGAGCAGAAGCUGCAGGCCGCGGAGGUGGGGAUGAUGGCCAACUUCAUGGGGUUCCGCAUGUACAAGAUGCUGAGCGAGGCGGGAGGCACCCCCGGCGGGGCCGUGCUGUCCCCGACGGCUGUCUUCGGCACCCUGGCCUCUUUCUACUCGGGCUCCGUGGACCCCACGGCCAGCCAGCUGCAGGCGUUCCUGGGAGUCCCUGGCCAGGACCAGGACUGCACUUCCCGGCUGGACGGGCACAAGGUCCUUUCUGCCCUACAGGCCCUUCAGGGGCUGCUGGUGGCUCAGGGAGAGGCCAGCGGCCAGCCGCACCUGCUGCUGUCCACCGUGGUGGGCCUGUUCACGGCCCCGGGCCUGCGGCUGAAGCAGCCGUUCGUGAAGGGUCUGGCUCCUUUUGCCCCCGUUGUGCUCUCACGCUCUCUGGACUUGUCCAGCCCAGAGCUGGCUGCCGAGAAGAUCAAUCGGUUCAUGCAAGCGGUGACGGGGUGGAAGAUGAACGGGCUGGCAGGGGUCAGCGGAGACAGCACCAUGCUUUUCAACACCUAUGUCCACUUCCAAGGAAGGAUGAAGGGCUUCUCCCUGCUGCCCGAGCCCCAGGAUUUCCAGGUGGACAACAGCACACGGGUGUCUGUCCGCAUGCUCUCGGGCACCGGCACCUUCCAGCACUGGAGUGACCCCCAGAACAACGUCUCCCUGACACGCGUGCCCGUGGGCGAGAGCGCCUCCCUGCUGCUGAUCCAGCCUCGCUGGGCGUCCGACCUGGACCGGGUGCAGGCCCUCGCCUUCCACCACGACCUCUUCACCUGGAUGAAGAACUUGUCUCCCAGGACCAUCCGCCUGACACUACCCCAGCUGGAGCUGCAAGGCGCCUACGACCUGCAGGCCCUGCUGGCUCAGGCCAAGCUGCCCACCCUGCUGGGCCCCCAGGCGGCCUUGGACAGGAUCAGCGACACCGAUGUCAGAGUGGGAGAGGUCCUGAACAGCGUUCUCUUUGAGCUCAGAGGGGAUGAGGGAGAGCAGCCCCCCGAGUCUGCCCAGCCGUCAGAUGUACCGGAGGCCCUGGAGGUCGUGACCCUCAACAGCCCGUUCCUGUUCGCCGUCCACGAGCGGGAUUCUGGUGCCCUGCACUUCCUGGGCCGUGUGGACAGCCCCCCGAGUGUGGCCUGAGGCCUGGAGGAGGGGGGGCCUUGAGGUCUUGUGCUGGGCCGUGGAGACCAAGGCCACCGAGUGCAGCGGUGGGCAGAGCCAGCCACGGUUACCGCCAGCCGGCCCCCUGCCUCCUCCCGGCCGGCCCUGGCUGGAAAGCGGCCACCUCUCCUUGGUGACAGCGUGCUGGGAGGGCGAGCCGCAGGACGCCGCCUCCCAGGCUGCCGGUUUGUUUAGAGCGGGGUGGGAGCCAGGAGCUGGCACUCAGCACAAGACUGCUGUUCUGGGAAGUGCGAACAGACCAACUUGUUUGUGACACCAAAAGGCAAUCCCUUUUUAACCAAGGACAGAAAUUAGGCUUCAGAAUUAAAACUCACAUUGUUCCUUCCGUUGCC